GAUUUAACAUUUUACCAAAAACAAACUGCAAUAUCGAAGUACAGUACUAUAAUGCAAUGGAUAAAGCGUUGAUGGCUCUAUCGUUGGAAGAGGAAGAUGAACCGUUCGAUAUGCCUGAUCUUCCACAGUACAAAUCGUGUGAAAGGAACUCCCGAAGUAUUAUCGGAAGGAUUCUUAAUCCAGACUGCCAGAAGAUGCCGGGUUUGAUUCGCGAGAUGCCAAGAACGUGGCAGAAGCAAGGGAAAGUUAGAGGAAUAGCUUUGUCCAAGGAACGGUUCCAGUUUGUUUUCGAUCAUGAACAUGAUCUGCUGGAGGUUCUAGAAAAAGGUGUUCAUACCUUCAACGACUGGACUUUAGCGAUUGAUCGAUGGGUGGAAAAGCCUCCUGAGGAUUACUUACAGUUCAUCCCUUUAUGGGUUCAAAUCAGAAAUCUCCCUGUCAAUUAUUAUACGAAGGAAGCUAUUACCGCUCUUGGUGAGAAGAUAGGUGCAGUCAAGGUGGUUGCUUUUGAUCCUGACAAGCCACAAGUGCAAGACUAUGUAAGGAUCCAAGUACGAUUCGAUGUCUCCAGACCACUACGGAAAUCAAAAUUUGUUAAUCUUCCGGAGGGAGGCUCUGCAGUGGUUCUCUUUAACUAUGAGAGAAUAAGGAAGCGAUGCUAUGAAUGUCAAAGAUUGAACCACGGAAAAGAUAUUUGUCCACUUCUGAAUAGGAAUCGGGAGGCUGCUGCUCUGAGGAGUAAGCGGGUUAUCAUGGACAGUCACAGAAAUGAAGUCAUCUUGCAUCAAGACGAUCCUCUGUUUGGGGUUCUUUCUGAAGAUCAAGUUGGAAUUUGCAAGAUGACAGGAAGAAGGAAAAUAGCGCCAGAGGUUUUGGAAGAAAUGAGAAGAUAUUUAUUAAUGGCAACAGAGGAAGAUAAGAAGAUUAGAAUUGACCGGGUCAGAUCAUCAGUAGCUGAAGCGGAGAAGGACCCUUUUCUGCAGAAGACAAUGUUGCGCCUAGAAACUGCUCCGACCUUUACCAAUCAAAUUGACAAAGGAAAGGGUAUUGUCUAUGAUUUCGACCUUAAUACUUCCGCUGAGCCAAGAUUGGAAGACAAAGAUUCUGCUGACAAACUGAUGGCUUCUGCAAUCAAAGCUAAUAUCGCAGGUAGCUUGGUUCAUCGCUGGGAAGAUUUGAGGGUAUCAGAUAGAAAGGCGGAUCUUGGGAGUAUUGUUCAUCAGGCCUUCCUUCCUCAUGAACCUUCCUCGUCAAAGGUGUCAGAGAGAGGUCAUGAUUCGACAGCAAGCUUACAUCAUGCUUUUGUAUAUCCAAGUCAAAGGUUAUUUUUGACUUCCCUUUCUACUUAA